GAAUCUUAUAUAAAAUGGAAGCGUUUCGAAAAUCGUUCAAUUCAUUUUUUGCGAUGAAGUGUACUGUCUAUCUCCUCGCCUUCCUAGGCUUCUGCCUGGCUCAGUCCUCUUCCGAGGUCUUGGAGCCCCUCUGCGCUGUCGUUGAGCCCAUAAGGAAAGCCGUCGACCUUCCCGGACCCAGGAUCAUCGGUGGAUACGAGGUGGAACCCAAUUCUGUUCCGUACCAAGUAGCUGUGGUUAUGAACGGUAACAACCUCUGCGGGGGAUCCCUCAUAUCCACCACGAGAGUUUUGACAGCCGCACAUUGCACACUCAUCGCUGCCUUCGUAGAACUGCGAUUCGGCGCCCACUACCACAACCAAAACGAACCCACCCAGGUACGUCUCACCAGCACCAGCUUCAUAAACCACGAACGCUACGACGCGGCGACAGUCGAAAACGACAUUUCGGUGAUCUUGCUGCCCUCCCCGGUGGCCAUUACCGCCGCCAUCCAGGUCGUACCCCUCGCUCCCUCCACGGCACCCGAUUUCCAAGGCAGGCUCGCCUUCUUGACCGGUUGGGGAGUCACAGAAAGUUUUCAACUCUCACCCGUCCUGAACGGAGUCAACCUCACCAUUAUUUCUAACAAUGAAUGCCGCAGUUUCUUUAGUAUCGUGAGAGAUUCUACUCUGUGCACCUCUGGAAUCGGUCCACAGGGUAUCGUGUCGGCAUGCAACAGCGAUUCCGGAGGCCCUCUCGUCGUCGACGGCGUCCAGGUGGGUGUGGUGUCAUUCGGCGCGGGGGACUGUCAGGGAGGAUCCCCCACGGGAUUUGCAAGGGUCAGCGCCUUCAGGGAAUGGAUCAGGACCAACGCCGAAGUGUGAAUUUUGAUUUAUGUAAAUGCACGAAGCCUUAAAUAAAGUUUUAUUUGCAAAUA